AUGAGUAGUAGGAAAUUUGGUCGUUGUCGAAUUCAAAAAGACGCCGCUAGUGUUGUUUCUUCUUCCGUGUAUAUGUGGUUUUCAAUUGCUUUGUGCUGGGUAUUUUGUUGUGUCUUGUUGCUACGAUGUCCCCGAAGUCGGCCACGCUCAAGCCUUCCAUGCGGCAAGGUUGCCGAGCAAGCCGCGAACGCUGUUACGGCUCUCCUCGAGAACGGCGGUGUCUCGUGUUUGCUGUACUUUCGACUCGACGGCUUGCAGGACGCGCAAAUGCUCCUUCUUGAGCUCCUCGAAGCCAUCGUCAAGCUGCUUGUGCCAUGGGUACAGGACACCCACCUGGAAGCUGAGUGCCGAGCCAGCGAUGACAAAGUUGGUGAUGGAGAGGGCGCGAGUGAUGAUCAUGGUGACUGA